AUGGAUCGAAAAAAUACCCAAAAUAUUCUCCCCGGCCUGCUUGAUGCCCUUCCUUCCGCGAAUAUUCCUGAGGAUGCUAAUCUGCUCACCAUUGUCAGCCCCUUUGCUACAUGUCUCCCUCGGCUGGAUUCAUCCACCCUUGAUAAGCGUGUCAUCUGGAGAGAUUGUUUCGCGUUGACCGGGACUCUCAGAACAUUCUACUCUCAUGGAACGGUGAGUGAGGUCUAUCGCAACCGGUGUUUAGCUCGCCAGGCCAAAGAAUUCCACUUGCACGUCGACUCCGCACAUAUUGUCCGCAUCAACAAAUCCAGUAGCUGGAUCGAUGUUCCGUUUCACUUCGUGACUGCCGUCUCCCCGGCUGCCCAAUGUUCCGGCGUACUCUCCUUGAUUCCGGAUCGCGAGAACGGGGAAUACAAGAUCUGGAUGAUGAAGACCCUGUUGGAGCAGUUCAUCGGACAUCCCAGUGUAGAUAUGCUGGAUCCCGUGGCCGGGAUCCCGUCGGUUAACGAAUCAAAAACAUCCUUUGACUGUGUGAUUGUGGGAGCUGGCCACUCAGGACUGAACACGGCAGGUCGAUUGCUGGCUUUAGGGGUGUCGUAUCUCGUGCUAGACCGGAAUAUGAGCGUGGGAGACAACUGGCGUCAUCGCUAUGAUUCAGCAAAACUUCACACAAUCCGAGACUAUUCCCAUCUGCCCUUUGAACGAACCUUUGCCGACAAACAAUAUGAGUGGCUUACCAAAGAUGAUCUUGCAGACGGUUUCGCAGGAUGGGUCAAGAGGUUUCACAUCAACGUAUGGACGUCGAGUGAGCUGUGCUCAGGCACAUGGGAUGAGCUGCACAGAGAAUGGACACUGAAAAUCAACGCGGGAGAAGAGACGAUUAAGACAGUUACCUGUCGCCAUGUUGUCUUGGCCACCGGCGGAACAUGUGAAAAGCCUAUGAUACCGUCAUUCUCUGGCCAGCAUAACUUCAAAGGCCUUAUACAGCACUCGAUUGACUAUCGCAACGCAUGGGAUUGGAAGGGCCAGCGUGGUGUCAUAGUAGGAGCCGCCAACACUGCCCAUGAUAUUGCUGAAGAUAUGCUGAACGCUGGGUUGGCAUCUGUGACAAUGAUCCAGCGCAGCCGAACAUAUGUUCAGCCGCAAGAAUAUCUGUUAAAUGCGUGGAAGCCUAUAUACAAUGAGAACACGCCACAAGACAUCUCUGAUCGGGUUCUCUACGCUGGACCCAUCGCAGUGAGUCGUUUGACCACGAUGGCUGCAUUGAACUCCCAGGCAGAGAGUCAACCAGAACGAUUUGUCGCCCUGGAACGUGCUGGCUUUAAGACAGAGCAAUUUGGAGACAUCGUAUACUUGCUAAAUGAGCGUUUUGGUGGGCACUACGUGGAUAUUGGAGUCUCUGACAAGAUAGCACGCGGCUUGAUCAAGGUGAAAUCCGACAGUGCUCCUGUGUCAUAUACAGAAGAGGGCCUGUUAUUCGAAGAUGGAACUCGUCUGCCGGCCGAUGUGAUUGUCUUUGCCACUGGGUAUACAGGUACUCUACGUGACUCGGUGCGAGAUCUCUUUGGGGACAAGAUACAUGCGCAGGUGGAAGAGUACUGGGGGCUCGACCAAGAGGGAGAAAUUAGAGGAGCUUAUGUCCCAACUGGUCAUCCUGGACUGUGGUAUGUCGGAGGAGGACUGGGACAGGUUCGCUUCUUUGCUCGAUUUGUGGCGAUGCAAAUUUUUGCGGACCUCCAAGGCUCUCCAUUGGCAGUAUAUAAGAGGCCUCCUUCCCAGCAAACUUGUAUCAAUUGCAGUGAGUGA